CUGAAGGCCUGUUCCCAGAUGCUAGCCCAAAAUCAAAUAGGGCUGAUUUGAUUUGUAUUUUGCACCUGGUGUUAUUAUUUAUUUAUUUUAUAAUGAAUGGUUUAAAAUAAAACCAAACAAAGUUUAAGUGUAUUUUUAAGUGAAAAUAUAUACUUUUAAAUCUCACUGAGAAUCUUCAUAAAACAGAGAGAUGAAGAUGAGAGCUGCUAUCUGGUCCAUCAAGAAUUCCUGCAAUCUGCAAUAUGCAAGACAAAAUACUCACUGCAGAAAACAACUGUUAAGUGAUCCUUUACACUUACAAAGUCAAGCUUUUACUGUCAUUAGAAACAAAUCAACAGUGACAUCCUCAGUUGGCCAUGAAACCAAAGUGGACGCGUUAGACACUCGAUUUUCUGAUCCAGAGUCCGCCUUUAGGAGCAAAACUACUUGGGAAGUGCUGAGGGCUUUAAUAGUGUACCAAAUGUGUUCUGUAAACUUUAUAGUGGACAACAAUGCGAAACUGAUAAAGCUGUGCCAGUCAGUCCUAGGCAAGAGGAUUUUUGGGAUGUUGAUGAAGGCCACUUUUUAUGGGCAUUUCGUAGCCGGGGAGAACGAAGAGAAGAUCGCUCCGACUCUGAAGAGGCUUUACUCUUUUGGUGUAAAGCCAAUUUUAGAUUACUCUGUAGAGGAAGAUAUUAGUCAUGAAGAAGCAGAGAAGUUGGAAAUGGAUGCUUCACAGUCAGAAAGGGAGAAGACAGGGCAGCCUUCAGAAGCGGAUGAGAUGGGUGGGAAAAUGCCCCAGUACCAUGCUCACAAGAGCUUUGCAGACAGGAGGUACAAAGUUUCCAGUGCUAGGACUUACUUCUACUUAAACGAAGCAACUUGUGAAAAAAAUUUGGAAAUUUUCCAAAACAGCUUACUUGCAGUAGCAAAUCACACCCAAGGGACAGGAAUAACAGCCGUUAAAUUGACUGCUCUAGGUAGGCCUCAACUGUUGCUGCAGUUAUCAGAAGUGAUUAUGAGAGCUCGCAACUUUGUGAGUCAAGUGAUGGGCGGUCGAGGCAAUGUCCUUGGUCAUCACUUCACAGCUGAGAUGCUCGAGAAGAAGUUGAAAGAUGCAGGUAUCACAGACACGGCUAAGUUUCUGGAAAAGGUUGUCACUGACAAACACGGCGUCAUCCAUCUUUUUCCAUGGAGUGGCAUCGUCAAUGAAAAUUACGAGUUGAGCGAUACUUUCCGAGUGCCGAGUCUUAAAGAAGGCAGAAUGGUCAGGCUCAUCUCCCAACUGUCUCCACAAGAGGAGGCAAUGUUCCGCAACAUGGUUCGUCGUAUGAACACUCUUGUCGCAACAGCCAAAGACCUCAAUGUGCGCCUCAUGGUUGAUGCUGAACAGACCUACUUCCAACCAGCAAUUUCAAGGAUUACAUUGGAAAUGAUGAACAAAUACAAUACAGAUAAGGCUAUCGUGUUCAACACUUAUCAGUGCUAUCUGAAGGAGGCCUUUAACGAAGUUUCUACUGAUUUGGAACAGGCAAAGAGGCAGAACUUUUACUUUGGUGCUAAACUUGUCAGAGGUGCUUACAUAGAUCAGGAACGAGAACGGGCAGCAGAGUUAAACUAUCCGGAUCCUAUCAAUCCCACUUAUGAGGCGACUUCAGAAUCUUAUCACAAAACCUUAACGGAAUGCCUGAGUAGAAUCAAAGCUCUUAAAGACGCCGGAGAACCCAACAAAAUUGCAAUCAUGGUCGCUUCUCACAAUGAGGAUACUGUUCGAUUCGCGAUCGAUAAGAUGAAGGAAAUUGGUGUUCUACCACAAGACAAAGUAAUCUGCUUUGGUCAACUGUAUGGCAUGUGUGACUUCAUCACGUUCCCAUUGGGACAAGCAGGUUACUCGGCCUACAAGUACAUCCCAUACGGGCCGGUAAAUGAGGUAUUGCCUUACCUCUCCCGUCGUGCCACAGAAAACAAAAGUGUGCUCAAAAAGCUUCAAAAGGAAAAGAAGCUGCUAAGGACAGAGUUACUGCGACGCAUCGCAAAAGGAAAAAUAUUCUACAAACCGGUUGGCAACUAUACACCAGCUUAGACAACUUCCAAGAUGGAUACUUACUGUUACUAGUCUAGCAAACUGUUUCCUGCUAAAUGUACAGCGAAGAUGCGAUCUCAUGGAUGUGCCUAUUCCGAUAUGUUUAGGUACAAAGCAAUAGUGAAAAUUGUAACUAUGUAAUUAGUAUUUAUUCUUCUUUUAGUACCCAAAAUUGUUUUUAAUUUUGACAUAAUUCUUAUGUUGUAAUGUGUGAUAUUUGUUUUACUUAGAAUACUUAUUUAGCCUGCAAUAAUGAUCUUAAUUUGUGUAAUUAGUUCUCAAGAAUUAAUUAUUAGAACUCCACUAGCCCUAGCCAUUUAUUGUAGGCGUAAAACAUCUGUAGAAAUGUUAUUGAAGUUUUGUCUAGUAAUGAAAACUAAUUUUGUCUUUGUGUAUGUAAUGAAUAAUAAACUUAUU